AUGUGUCUCACUUGUCAUUUUGUCGACUCUAGUUGGAAAUUACAAAAGCGAAUUAUAAAUUUUUGUCAUGUGCCACCUCCACAUUCUGGAAUUGUAAUUUCUAAUACUAUCUUUAAGUCUUUGCUUGAUUGGGGGCUUAAAAACAAGGUGUAUACAAUAACCUGGGACAAUGCUAAUAACAAUAAUGUGGCUGUAAGAAUUUUGAACGAUGCUAUCAAAAGGAAGCUCAUACUGGGUGGCAAGAUCUUUCAUGUAUGUUGCUGUGCACAUAUCAUUAAUUUGUUGGUACAAGAGGGGUUGAGUGAGAUUGAAAUGGUGAUUGAAAAUAUCUGUGAAAGUGUGAAGUAUCUAAUUGCAUCAAAAGCUCGUCUUAUAAAGUUUGGUAGGAUUGCAAAGCAAUUGCAAUUACCUUCCAAGAAGUUGAUCUUAGAUUGUCCCACAUGUUGGAAUGCAACAUAUGUAAUGUUGGCUGCUGCCUUGGAGUUUAGAGAGGUGUUCUUUAGGUGUAAUGAUAGAGAUGUCGGGUAUAACUGGAAACCUAGUGAGGAAGAUUGA